UCUUUAUGUUCUUUGUCAUAGUUUUCCCUCUAAACAUAAGGGAAUGAAAGGAAAGCUCAAGCACAAAGGAGCUAAUCACCCCUUCAAGAAAGGAAGCCAAGAUAAAAAUGAAAAUGCUUGGAUGUUUAAGGAUGAGAGAAAAAGGAAGAAGCUGCGCAAAAUGCUGAAAAGGCUACGAAAUAAUGAUACAUGCAGUAUGCCUGGCCUCACUUGUUUCACACAUGACAACCAGCACUGGCAGACACCCCCAUAUUGGACAUUGGGACCAUUCUGUGCUUGUACCAGUGCGAAUAACAACACUUACUGGUGUUUGAGGACCUACAAUGAGACCCACAAUUUCCUGUUCUGUGAGUUUGCCACUGGUUUCUUGGAGUACUUUGACCUCAACACAGAUCCUUACCAGCUGAUGAAUGCAGUGAAUACAUUAGAUCGAGAUGUUUUGAACCAGUUACAUGUACAACUUAUGGAAUUACGAACCUGCCGUGGCUUUAAACAGUGUAACCCUCGGACCAGGAAUAUGAGCACAGGUACAGUUACCUACCAGUAUUCCUAUAACUGA